AUGCAUAGCAAUAGUUAUUCUUUCUGUCUGAACAUGCAACGAUUAGCUACAGAGUUGACUAUAUAUCCAGAUUGCUAUCUACAAAUUCGCCGUGCGAAAAUGACAAUAUUCACUGAUAUUGCUGAAACAGCAACUGUUUCCGAAUUAAAACAAACUCUUGGUUAUAUACUUCACUUAGAUCCUAAUAUAAUACGUUUAAUUUCAAAAGGUCAAAUACUUGAUGCCGAUACUAAACGUCUAAAUGAAUGUGGUAUCACAACAAAAGAAGCUCGUCCACAAAAUCCAUUUCAAUUAGAGUUCACUCUUAAACUAGAUGAUGGUACCUAUGAAAACGUUGAAAUUAUCCCUUAUGCAAUACAAAAUUCUUCGUCGAAUGAUGAAUAG